AUGGCGACUCAAGCGGCACUAAUCGCCGACACGAUUGUCGGUAUGAAGCGGGCAUUGCGCAGGGAACGUGACGAUUCGGGACCAGAUGAUUUGAUCGCCCAGCCGACAAAUCGCGGCAAUAAGAUGAAGGCAAAUGCGAAAUAUGUCCGUGAAGGAGCCAUGGGAUACAUCAAUGCAGAGGAAUUUUACAAAGAGAAGGUCGAACAUGCUGGAUACACGCGCUACAUUUUGCAGCGAAACCCAAUACGCUAUGACUCCGAAGGCGAUGAACUCGGCGAGGACGAUGAAGAUUCUGAGGCUGACGCCGCCGUCGCCGAAGAGAACCCGUUCUCAGGGAUUGCGCUCGAAACGCUUCUACGUCCCCUGACGCACCCCUCCGAACUCCCGGUCCAUCCUUCGCUUUCCCAAUCCUACACUUCCCCAGCCCUCGACCAGAUGACAGUGGCAGUUGAAGAAAAGCUACGCCAGGAGCGGGCUCUUCUUUGGCGAGCCAGGAACCUUCAUCGAUCCUUUCUCGGAGAUGGCGGCUGGAUGCCGUGUGGGCUCCUUGAAACCCUCGACGACCGCUAUAUCUUCGAACCCAAGAUUUUGAGCAAUGGUAAAAUUGCCUCUAGCAUCCAUCAAGGAUUCAGUGGAUCUAAAACACCGCUGGCUAGUUAUAAAGCACCACAAGAGGCUGAGGCGCACCUGCACGGACUGGGGAACGAAACCCGGGGUACAGACAACGAUACGGAGAUGGCUGAGGUUCCGGCGGCCUCUGUAGACAAUGUGCCGAACUAUGACGGUCAAGAACACAUCAUGGAGCUCAAGUCAGAAGAGGCGGACGCAACAGUGAUAGAUCUUCCCCCGCAUCCAACUGGCACCAACGAAGAUAACGAGAAUGCUACUGCCAAUCACACCGGAGGCAAACAUGAGGAGAUGAAUACCUCGAAGGACGGAGAAAAGGCUGGACUUGACGCACACUCCGAACAUCUGGAGGGCCAGGUCGAGGACGAAAUGGAGCAAGACGCUGAGAUGCACAAUGGGUCACCUACUCCGCCUCGUCGAAUGACUACUCGUGCCCGAGCCAACGCGAACCAAGAUGCCGGAUCUCCUACCUCUACAGCCGAUACAGCCAGCACCCUUCCAACUCCCCACCCUCUUUUCCUUGUUCCGGAGGGGGUUCGACCAGACGCGAAUUUCGGCCUUCCUGCCGCCGAGGCAGAGGACACCCGCCGUCUGCUGUGGUCCUACAUUCAAAAACAAGAAGAGACGGUGCGCGGCUUCGAGCACAUGCUCGACUCUCUCCUUCGCGCAUGUCACAUGAAGGCAAACGUUUUGGAGUGGUGCAAAGCCGAAGGUCACGUUGGUGAAAUGAGUGAUGGCGAAGACUGGUACGAUCGUGAGAAAUGGGGCCUCGGAGAAGGCGAAGAUCUCAAAAAGGGCACCGACGAGGACGAAGUGGAAACCAUUGACGAGCGCCAAACAACUGCUAAGCGAGGCCGUGGCCGACGACAGUAG